AUGUCCGAUCGGGACAUUGCUAUUCAAGAACGUAAAUCUAAAAAACAACAAAAUAAAGAUGGUGAUCCGAUUGAAUGUACUUCUAAAGUUUUAUGUAUGAUACUUCCUGAAAAGACUGAUAAUGUCGAUUAUGCUUAUAUUGGUGAAUCCGGAUUUAUUGCAAAAAAAGUUAACUUAUCGAGACAUACUCGUGGGAUCGAAGAUCUCACAUUUGAUGAGAAAGAAACCUUUUUAUUUUCUGCAUCUUCAGAUGGACUUAUUAUAAAAUGGAAUCCUUUAUCAGGAGAAUGCUUGCAAAUAUUUGAAGGUCAUUUGACUAGUGUAUAUGCUUUAAAGGUUUUUGAUGAGGAAAUGUGGACAGAACAGACAGUUCAAGAAGAAAAAUCAUCAUCAAUGCUUACAGAAGAUGAAGAGCGCGAAUUAGAAGAAUUAAUGGAAGCCGAAGAUAUAUUAUAA